AUGGCUUACGUGUUGACGGAAACUGCCGCCGGUUACGCCCUUUUAAAGGCGGCCGACAAGAAAAUUCACAAGUCGCUGUCCUUGCUCGAGGACUUGAACUCGGCAGAAAAGGUCGCUGAGCAGUUGAAGAUCCAUCGCUUCGAGAAGUUCCAAUCUGCGGCCAACGCUUUGGAAGAAGCUAAUGCUGUGAUGGAGGGCAAAGUCUCGGACACUUUGAAGAAGAUGUUGGAGGACGUCAAACUCGAAAAGAAAGUGACUUUGGUAGUCAGCGAGGCCAAGUUGGGUAAUGCUAUCAACAAGUUGGGCUUAAACUACUCGGUAGUGUCGGACGCUGCCUCUUUGGACUUGCACAGAUCCAUCAAGGAAUUUUUGCCUGAGCUUUUGCCAGGUUUAGACGACUCUGUCUUGAAGCAAAUGUCUCUUGGUUUGGCUCAUUCCAUCGGUAGACACAAAUUGAAGUUCUCUGCUGACAAAGUUGACACCAUGAUUGUGCAAGCUAUCGCACUUUUAGACGACUUGGACAAGGAAUUGAACACAUACGCCAUGAGAUGUAAAGAAUGGUACGGUUGGCAUUUCCCUGAAUUGGCAAAGCUUAUAACAGACUCUGUUGCUUACGCCAGAAUUAUCUUGACCAUGGGCGUCAGAUCCAACGCUUCUGAGACUGACUUAUCUGAGAUCUUGCCUGAGGAAGUUGAGGAACAAGUCAAGAGUGCUGCCGAGGUAUCCAUGGGUACUGAAAUUACCGAAACCGAUUUGGACAACAUUAAGUCUCUCGCCGAACAGAUCGUCGAAUUCGCCGCCUACAGAGAACAAUUAUCUAACUACUUGUCUUCUCGUAUGAAGGCCAUUGCUCCAAACUUGACUUCUCUUGUCGGUGAAUUGGUUGGUGCUCGUUUGAUUGCUCAUGCUGGCUCCCUCACGUCGUUAGCCAAGGCUCCAGCUUCCACAAUCCAGAUCUUGGGUGCUGAAAAGGCGCUUUUCAGGGCUCUCAAAACCAAGCAUGACACGCCUAAAUACGGUUUGUUAUACCACGCAUCAUUGGUCGGUCAGGCUACCGGUAAAAACAAGGGCAAAAUUGCCAGAGUUUUAGCUGCGAAAGCUGCGGUUGCAUUGAGGUACGACUCUCUUUCAGAGGACAGGGACGACUCUGGUGAUUUCGGUAUGGAGGUGAGAGCCAAGGUUGAGUCGAGAUUGAGUGCAUUGGAGGGAAGAGACUUGAGAACUACCUCGAAGGUCGCCAGAGACGCUAAGAAGAUCGAUAUCACCGAGUCCAAGGCAUACAAUGCCGACGCUGACUCUCUCGCACCUGCCGCUGCUGCUGACUCAGACGAUGAAUCCGACGAGGAAGAGGCGCCUAAGAAGAGAAAGAGAGAUGACUCCGACGAUGAGGAGGAAAAAGAGACUGCCAAGCCAAGCAAAAAACUGAAGAAGGAGAAGAAAGAGAAGAGAGAGAAGAAGGACAAGAAGGAGAAGAAGGAGAAGAAAGAGAAGAAGGAGAAGAAAGAGAAGAAAGAGAAGAAAGAGAAGAAGGAGAAGAAAGAGAAGAAAGACAAGAAGGAGAAGAAAGAAAAAAAAUAA